UCUCGAGAGCCCUGUCGCUGCCGCGGGGAACCCUUUCUUGGCUAAAGAUACAAAUAUAAUAGCACUUGACGUUCGUGGUCAAUCUGACCGCGACACCAUUGCCCAGCCUCUAAUUCAUGCUCUAACGAUCUGCCUCGUACGACUGGUCUUCAUCACGAUGUCUACCAACCGUCCAUUUUUGGCCAACUUUUUGGCGGCGUUUCGCGCCCAGUCAACGAUUAAGGCCUCGGCCGCUGGCUCCCAGUCGGCCACAGGCACCUCCUCGUCUCUCUCUCCGACUCAGAUAUCACAGAGUGCCCGCGCUAUAGCAACCAAGGCAAGCAACUCAGGGGCGUCCUCCGAGGCUGCCCCUACGACUCAUUAUCAUCAUCAUCACCAUCAUCACCACCACUCAUCUUCAGCCGCCGGUUCCCACUCCCGACCCCACUCACAUACCCGAUCCCCACUGAAUCAAUCGUCUCCCGCCGGGGACUCCCCGGUGCCUUCGUCCUCCGCCACCCCUCCAGCUCCAUCGUCCCCGCCAACUCCAUCCAACCCUAUUCCGAUUGCCAAUGGGCCGGACCGCCAACGACGCGGGAGCGACAGCUCCAACGGAUCGGGCGGGUUCCGAGACGCUCUCGGGCCGGAGAAAUGGUACAUUGGUGGGAGGACGCCCGGCGGAGAGGAGCGUUUCUAUCGAUUAGGGAUGGUGACGAAGGGCGGCGGCCGAUUAGGCGGGAGCGGUCGAGUAGGAAGUAUCGACCAGUUGAGCUUGUGAUUGAUCUCUUUCCUUUAGCCUUUUGCGUAUACAAAACUUUUUGAACGACGUCUACGGUAUCAAAAUGUUUGCUUGGCGUUCGGUUUGCGCAUGAACGGCGUUCGGGUUUUGGAUGGACUGGAAACUGAAAACGU